AUGCCACAAGGUGAUUCUAGUGAUAGUUCCAUGCAGCAUGCUGCACAUACUAAGCGUGCUCCUACUCCAGGGAAGGCAACAAUACUUGCAAUAGGCAAGGCCUUCCCUAGCCAAAUUAUCCCUCAAGAUUGCUUGGUAGAGGGCUACAUCCGUGACACAAAAUGCGAAGAUGAAUAUAUUAAGGAGAAAUUGGAGCGUCUUUGUAAAAACACAACUGUGAAGACAAGAUACACAGUAAUGUCAAAGGAGAUCCUUGACAAAUACCCUGAGUUGGCCACAGAGGGCUCACCAACCAUAAAGCAAAAGCUUGAAAUAGCAAAUCCUGCAGUAGUAGAGAUGGCUACCAAAGCUAGCCUUGCCUGUAUCAAGGAAUGGGGAAGGCCUGCUCAAGACAUUACUCAUAUUGUCUAUGUUUCUUCAAGUGAAAUACGCUUACCAGGUGGCGACCUUUAUCUGGCAAAUGAACUUGGCCUUAGAAGUGAUGUUGGUCGUGUAAUGCUCUAUUUUCUAGGUUGCUAUGGUGGUGUCACUGGCCUUAGAGUUGCCAAGGACAUAGCAGAAAACAACCCUGGUAGCCGGGUUUUGCUGACAACCUCUGAGACUACCAUACUUGGUUUUAGACCCCCCAAUAAGGCUAGGCCAUACGAUCUUGUGGGGGCUGCACUUUUUGGUGAUGGAGCUGCUGCUGUGAUAAUUGGAGCCAACCCUGUAUCGGGUCAAGAGUCUCCCUUCAUGGAGUUGAACUAUGCUGUCCAAAAAUUCUUGCCUGGGACACAUAAUGUGAUUGAUGGGAGACUCUCUGAAGAGGGUAUAAAUUUCAAACUUGGAAGAGACCUUCCUCAGAAAAUUGAAGACAACAUAGAGGAAUUCUGCAGAAAGCUAAUAGCUAACAGCAAUAUAAAGGAGUUCAAUGAUUUGUUCUGGGCUGUUCAUCCUGGUGGACCUGCAAUUCUCAACAAGCUAGAGAGUACACUCAAAUUGAGCAGUGAGAAGCUAGAGUGUAGUAGGAAGGCACUAAUGGACUAUGGUAAUGUUAGCAGCAACACUAUAUUUUAUGUCAUGGAAUACAUGAGGGACUAUCUGAAAAAAGAUGGAGCAGAAGAAUGGGGUUUGGGAUUGGCAUUUGGACCAGGCAUUACUUUUGAAGGCAUUCUCAUGCGCAGCCUGUAA